GUUACGUGCAGGCAGCUGUUACAGGACGGUCUGUAAACGAUGUUACACCAUUUCAGCGGCCCUUUUGGGUGCAAAAAAAAUAAAUACAAAUUUUAAAAAGUGUCAACAAAACAAAACAUAAUUAAACAUUUACUGUGGCGUUAUAAACAUUGUGCUGGCGGCAGUUUUGAAAGCGCACAGAUGCUGCAGUGAGAACGGUUUCGCUUCGUGCCAAAAAAAAAACAGCCAUGGAACCCCUUUCCAUCGCCUCCAAUAACGGGGUCGUCUCUGAAGAGGAGGGGAGAGACUCGGGCAGCGACCGAGCCCAGGAGCGGGCUCCACGGUCUGGGCUUUCAAACAGUGGAGAAGGGGAGGCGGAAACGGGCGACCCGAGAAAGCUCUGCGCUGCAGAGGGCAGCGCGAACGACAGAGAGAGAGGCGCCAGCGUCUCCACAGAGAGCGCCCCUGCCCGCGUUAAAGACGAGGUUCCGGAACUAAAAUCCGGGGUUCCGGAACUGGAAUCCGAGGUUCCGGAACUGGAAUCCGUCACCAUUAAGGAAGAGGUCUGUAACGGUGAAGAGGAGGAGACUGAAGUUGAGUCCCUGGAGGUAGCUUGCAUGAAAGAUGAAAGGUUUGCAGAGGACCACUCUGACUCUAAUGAGGGCGAUAGGUCUUCCACAGCCAGCAGAGCUGAGCCAUGCAAGGAUCGCGUGGAUAGCAUCGAGGCUGCAAACUUAAACACACAGCAGGGCACCAGUACCGAAAACGCAAAAUGUGGGGGACAAGACGCUCUCAAAAAAACUUUGCCGCCUCGUCUACAGACAGAGGAAAAAGACGGGGCGCGAGUGAAGAAUCGCCGGGAGUGCAAGGAACGCGAGCAAAGCACCCGGGUUCAGAGGCAUCUCCGAGUUAAAAUAAGAGUGCCGGGAGGAGGAGGAGGAGGCAGAGAGCGAGCGUACGAGUGCACGGAAUGCCAGCAGAGCUUCGAGACCCGCAGGACCUUCAACCUGCACAAGAAGAGCACUCACCAAGCGGAGUUCAUCUGCAGCGAAUGCGGCGAGACCUUCGGCAAAAUCAGCGCCCUUCAAAAACACCAGCGGAUCCACGCAGCCGAGAAGCCCUACCCCUGCCCGGAGUGUGGGAAAAACUUCCGUCACUCCCGAGCUCUGAAACGGCACGUGGAGAUCCACAGGAGAGUGCGCCGCUACCCCUGCAACGACUGCUCCAAGAGCUUCAGCCGACCGGACAGCCUGGAGACCCACAAGCUGGUCCACUCGGGGACAAAGCAGCACCGCUGCCCCGAGUGCGCCAAGGGCUUCAGCGAUCCGGGGAACCUGAGGCGGCACCAGCGGAUCCACACGGAGGACAAGCCGCACCGCUGCUCCGAGUGCGGGAAGAGCUUCAGCCGGAUCGGCAACCUGGAGAUCCACCGGCGGAUCCACACGGGAGAGAAGCCCUAUCGGUGCUCCGAGUGCGGGAAGUGCUUCAACCACUCGCAGCACCUCAAGACGCACCUGCGCCUGCACAGCGGGGAGAAGCCUUACCCCUGCCCGGACUGCGAGAAGCGCUUCAUCAACUCGGGGGCCCUGAAGACCCACCGGAGGAUCCACACGGGAGAGAAGCCCUACCUGUGCUCCGAGUGCGGGAAGAGCUUCAACCAGUCGGAAAACCUGAAGACGCACCUGCGGAUCCACUCCGGAGAGAAGCCGCACGCCUGCCCGGAGUGCGGGAAGAGCUUCGCUCAGCUGGAGAACCUGAAGACCCACCGGAGGGUUCACACGGGAGAGAAACCCUACCGCUGCCCCGACUGCAGGAGGAGCUUCAGCCAGUCCUGCCACCUGAAGAGACACAAGUGCGGGGGGGCGACGAGGAGGAGGAGGAGGAGGAGGAGGGAGGGGCCGGCAGAGGAACCCAGGGCCAGCCAAUCGGCGGUCUGACAUGAACUUUAAAUCCGAAAGAACUAGACAGGCACGUUUCUGCAGCGAUCCAGCGGGGUUUGUAGGUAACCCUUAAUCGCCCAUUUCUAAAGACUCGAUUUCAUUUCGACGCGUGAAGCCGCAGGGGCUCGGUUGGAAGGUGCUUCCGUUUCUUCCGUCACGAGUCCUACUCCCUUAUUGAUAGUGUUAUGGCAGGUUUUUCCAAGCCCUGCCGAUCGUAUUUGGGGAUCAAAGUGUUAGACUGCAGUACAGUCAUGUUAUUAUUGAUUUGGCAGGCACCUUUAUGAACAGGGGUCACAGGGCAGUACAAGGUUACAAUGCAAGCUUCAUAUUUAAACACAGUGCAGUUUACAGUGAGUGCAAAUAAUACUGCUGCUAGAAUACAAUAUACACCAGGAUGCAGCAAGUUAUAUCUGCAGUGACAUGUUAGCAGGACAACAGUGCAAGGAUAGUGCAUCAGCUGGGGGUCCAGUAACGCGGUGCUGAGCUCAGGCAAGUCCAGUACCUAGUUUUGGGGGGGGGGUACAUCAA